CAGAUUUACACCUACACGCAUUCCCUAGAGUCUGCCUGCUGAAGAGCUCUCUCUCAAGACUUGAGUUAUUUCGUUAGUGAGAUAAAACAGGGCUGAGCGCACUGAGGUUGCCAGUUUCACUGAUGAAGAAAAGAGAAGCAGGGGAAUCAGAAAGAAAGAGAGAGAGAAAGAGCGAGAGACCGAGAGGGGGCUGUGAUAAACUCUGCUGCGAGUCCUCCUGUAAGCAGAGUGAGAAAGUGCAGGAGCAACAGCAUAAGAUCUGGAGAGGGUGAAAACACAACUGUGAGCAAGACCUACCACAAAGUCCACACAGAUCUCGCACUUUGAGGUGAGUUUGCAUGUGUUUUUGUCAUCCUGCAAAGCUGGGCUGAUGCAUUUGGGUGCGAUCGUCCCAUCAAGUGCUUCUGUGGUUUGAAGUUGGCCGUGGGGGACCGAAAAGGCCAAAAGCUACAAAAACUGGAGUGUUUCCAACUACCAAUUCCCUCAGGACAUUUUUUUCCUACUUCGGCUUCAAGAAGCAACCACAUGUGAAGACUGAUGGGGCAAGACCUCAGCACUGCUUACCAGAGAAUCGGCUCAGAUGCAUCACCGCAGAGACUCCACAUCUCAGUAAGAGCGAGACGGAGGUAAAGAACCAGAGAGAAAGUGAGAGUAAUUUCUAUCCACUGCCCCCCCUUCCCACACUGGGACCUUCUUCACUUGCCCUCUGCUACCCCCCCCAUGGGGCAGGAAGCGUGAAAAAUCUCACUAAUGGGUUUAUUUGCUGUCAGCUCAGCGAUGACCUGUCAUUUCUCAGGACCACUCCACACUUGACACAUUUCAUAGUCGAGUAAGCUUUCUUUGUUUUUGCCUAAAGAGCCCUUGCUUCACACUGAUCAAGACCAGGCUGAGGUAUCAGGUGGAGUGGACAAGUCCCUUAAUCACUUUGCCUGCCUAUUACAGUAUUCUUCUUCCAGUGAGGUCAAGCGUGUGGGACGUCUCGCUGUUCCUUUGUAUUUCUUGAAGUCGAGAACUUCCCGCAGUGAGAAAGAGUCUGCUUUCUGACCCAACUACGGAGUCCUGGCUGGUGGGCUGAAGAUGCGUUGCUGGCUGCUAGCUGUGGUGACGGCAGUGCUCUGGAGCCAGUGCAUCCUUCUAGGGUGGGCUGAAGGCGGGAAGAUGCGUAAGAGACUGAAGGACCUUGCUCCACAGGACACCGAAGCAUUCAACACAACUCUUUCCAACAGUGAGGAGCUGGAUGGCAGCACAAAGCAGGUCAGUGAGAACCAGAGAGUGGACCCUCUUGGAUCAUGGAUGGAUUUUGUGAAGAGACCUGUGGGCAACUUUCCCGGAAAAUGCCGAAAGCGAAAACGACCACUGCCCGGUCCCCCGGGACCUCCUGGACCUCCAGGGCCUCAGGGACCUCCAGGAUCCCCUGGGGCAGAGGUCACUCAAGAGGUCCUGCUGCGAGAGUUCAAAGAAAUGAUCAAAGAAGCCACAGAGAGACGAGCAGCAGUGGACAGGCCCAACGAACCCAGUCAGCUGCCCACGGCUCUGAUCACCCUAGAGAGUAUGACCUCCUACAGGAGAAUUGAAGAAGCCUUCCACUGCAAACUCAAAGGCCCUGUCGUUGUGGACAAAAAGACUCUGGCUGAACUGCAGAACUUUCAAACACCUCCUGCCAAAGGUGCCUUCCUCAGAGGGACGGGGAUGGAUCAGUCCACUGGCCGAUUUACAGCUCCUGUAACUGGAAUUUAUCAGUUCUCUGCCAAUGUUCAUAUUGACCACACUGAGGUGAAGAAAAGUAAGAACCAGCUGAGAGCCAGAGACAAUGUCCGAGUUUUGAUCUGCAUUGAAUCACUCUGCCACAGAUAUACAUCCUUGGAAAUGAUUGUUGGGCUUGAGAGCAACAGCAAAAUAUUUACAGUAUCUGUCCAUGGACUGCUGGAACUUCAGGCUGGGCAGUACACUUCCAUAUUCGUAGACAAUGCAGCUGGAGCAUCGAUCACAAUACAGAAUGGUUCAGAUUUCAUGGGCAUGUUGUUGGGGGUAUAGCCUUGUUUUACAGCCAGACUAUAUCUGGCAGACCACGUAAGACUGCAUAGCUCCUCUUUGGACUAUCACCCAGCACCAUAUAUCCACAUGAGACAAUAUAUGACUGCUACAAAGCUUACGGCUUGUUCAUGGACAAGACAUGGACAUAUUAAAACCCACAAAGCAGAGACAGUUGGAUGCAAAACUGAAAGACUUUACCGAGGACAGUUGAUUCACAUCUGCCUCUCUCAUGUGCCUUCUACAUUGAGGUUUUUACCUCUUCGGAAAGAUCAGUUCUCACUGUUUCCACUUACCAUGUCCUAUUUUGUGAUUUAUAGAUGUAUACAAAGAGAUUUUUGUACUUUGACAUUGUGUUGUUAUGUCCUUUCUCUUAAUUAAUAGUGUUUAUAUAGAGAAUGUUUAUACACACAGUUUGUUUCUACGGUGAAAGGUUUUCUACAAUACGAGAGCUAAUCUAAGGUUUUGAAGGAACAUUUCACCCCAAAAUGAAAAUUUGUUGAAAAUUGACUCACCAUCAGGCUAUCCAAGAUGGGUUUGUUUUUAUUCAGAACAAAUUUGGAGAAAUUUAGCAUUACAUCACUUGUUCACCAGUUAAUGAGUCCAAACAGCUGAUUAAAACCAUAGACUGUAUAAAAACAUGGACGUAGUGUCCGUGAAGUCACCCGUAGGUUUCUGAAGAGCGUUUUUGAAGCCUAAAGUGGGCGAAGCCAGCAGUCGCCAUCUUUGCAGCGCAUCACUCCCGGUUAAUCAAAAAUGGGCAAAGAGGCGGGAGCUGGUUGCUGAAACCAUGCCCACAUAGCUUGACGGUGGUGACAGCAGUGGCAAUCCACCUGUCACUCAAGUGGCCACACCCUUAAUUAUGCAGAACUUUAAGGCUUAAUAUAAUUUAAACGGAUGAGUUAUAAAAAAAUUAACCCCAAAAUUAGCAAUAUAAACCAAAACCACUUUUUCUACCAGGCUGUAAACAUAUUUUUUUCUGCUUUAAAGUUGGGCAUUUUAACAUCGGGAGCCUAUGGGACUGAAUCCAUUUUGGAGCCAGCCUCUAGUGGCCAGUUGAUGAAUUGCAGGUUUAGUAACUUCCGUGUUGGUUUCGAGAGAGGUUGGCACUUGAUUAAAACACCACAAUAAUCCACGCCAUUGACAUGACUCCAGUCCAUAAAGUAACAUCUUGUUAAAUGAAAACCUGCAUGUUUUUAACAAACAAAUCCAUCAUUAAGAUGUUUUUAACGUCAAAAUACUGUUUCCGCCUAAAAUACACCAUCUCGUCUGAGUCAGGACAGAAAUAUGCACAGAUCAAGCACUGUUUACAAACAAAAACAGUUCUAAACAAAUAUGCCGGUGGAUUUUGAUGUGAGAGGACAACAGGGGAUGGACUUUCUCACUGAAUGAAGCAUUAUUAUGGAUUAUGGUAUUUUGGCUGAAAGCAACGAUUUAAAGUUAAAACACCUUUGUGAUGGACCCUUUUUGUGGUGGUCACAUUUUGUGACCAUGCAGCUUUUCCCUUUACACGACGUUAAAUGGACUGGAGUUGAGUGGAUUACUUGUGGAUUAUUGUGAUGUUUUAAUCAGCUCUUUGACGGCAUCCAUUCACUGCAGAGGAACAACUGCUGAGCAAGUGAUGUAAUGCUGAAUUUCUUAAAAUCGGAUUCAAUGACAAAACAAACUCAUCUUGGAUGGCCUGAGGGUGAGAAAAAAUUCAGCGUUUUUUUUUUUCUUUUUUUUUCAUUUUUGUGUGAACUAUUCCUUUAAGGAUUUUAUGAUCUUUUGGAGGUGUUACCCAAAAUGUGCACCUCCUCUUGUGCAUACAUGCCUUUAUUUUUAAAUAUAACAAGCUAGACAAAGUUUUAUUUACUAUGCAGCUCAGAAAAGCAUGUUGUAGUGACUUGAUUGUUGAUAAAAGAACAGAUUUUCCAUUAUACUCGGCCAAAAGAAAGAAACAGCCAAAUACAAGAAAAGAAACAAGAUGAAUGACUCAGUCGAUUUUUUACGUCCAACAGCUAACAGUCCCAAACAAUAGCAUUUAUCAAGGAGUGUAUAUGAAUGUGGUGUUUGGAAAGCAUACUGCCAUGAUCGAUUCUCAUUUUGUUUACCGCAAUACCAAAUACGUCAUCUGAAUGUUUUUCACAUCUCCAUGGAAGUUUAUUCUUGCUUUCUUUCAGAUGUGUUACUCUUCUUCCUUUUCCCCCAAACGUCUUCUUUGUUGUUAACUUCAGUAAAUACAGAAAUUAAGAUGCAUAUACAUAUUAGAAUAUGUAAAAUUUUCCAUUCCAUACAAAUUAUUUAUGUUUAAAUGUAUCUGCCAAUUAAAACAGAUUUUUUUUUUAAUUGUCUUCUAGCCUUCCAGUAGAUCUCAAUACAAGUGAAAAUAAUGUAAGCGAACCUGUUUAAAUAUACAGUAUUUGCUUGUAUUGUGGUGUAAUGGAAAUGAAACUAUAUUCAAUAAAUGUAAAAUAUAUCCAUU